AUGUUGAGGAAGGGCUCAGAGCUGCUGAGGGGAGACAGAGAGGUCCUCCUGAAUCUGGACUACGAGGCUGAAGCACAAACCACAGACGGCUAUGGGAGUCUGCAGAACGGGAGCUUCAUCCCACCUAGAUGUGUAAGCAGUUUUGCAGCCGCAGCUGUUGACGAUAUGGGUGGUGAUGAUCCCAUGUAUAGUCACUUCAACACAAGAAGUAACCAGCCAGUUCCACAGCUGGGGAAUUACUUCAGAGAUGGAAGAACCAAAAUCGACUUUGUUCUGGUGUGGGAGGUCCGCUCGCUGCGGAAACGACGAGGGAAGGGGAAGAACCAGGCGACCGCUGAGGAGGGGGAAGCUGCUCCCACAGAGGAGAACAGCAGGUCUGACCGAAGGAGGGCAAAGCUGGCACAGUGGAGGGAGAAGUUUGUUCAGAAUCUGGAGAGUGCUGGAUUGCUCAUGGAAAAGGAGGAAACAGCGAAUGAAAAGAAAACAAUACAUUUUCUGAAACUUAGCGCUCCUUGGGAUGUUAUGCUGUACUACGCUGAGGAACUCUGUCUGAGGGCCCCAUUGCAGGCACAGCAAAACCUGGACUUGAACACAUCUGCUCAGGUUCUGAAAAGACUAUGCAUACCUAAUGUAAUGAUGGAGUCAGUGCCAAACAGGCCGCUGGACUAUUACACAUGUGCCUUUCGCAAGUCAAAGAUGAACAGGUUCCUUGGCUGCGACAACCAUGAGGCCUACUUCACUAAUACACAGAGACACCGAGUUGUGUAUGAGAUUCUUGCCAGGACGGUGUACGGCAAAAGGACGAAGGCUGAGGUUGGUGUGGACAGACUGGUAAAUGAAGGAGUGUACUCAGCAGCUUUCCCGCUGCACGAGGGCCCCUUUCAGCUUCCAAAGCAUGAGAUCCGUCCUGACGAGCUGAACCAGAGGCAGAUUCUUUACCACUACUGGGCCCGCUGGUGUAAAUGGUACAAGUACCAACCUCUGGACCACAUCAGGGAGUACUUUGGAGAGAAGAUUGCACUGUACUUUGCCUGGCUGGGUUUCUACACAGCCUGGCUGCUGCCGGCGGCUGUGGUUGGAACCCUGGUCUUUGUGUCUGGAGUCAUGUCCAUGGGUCAAAACACACCAGCUAAGGACAUCUGUACCAGCGGAUCUAGUUACCUGAUGUGUCCUCUCUGUAAUACAUGCAAGGAGUGGAACAUGUCUGAUAUCUGCACCAUGGCCAAGUUGGGCUACUUAUUUGACCACCCUGGUACGGUCCUCUUCAGUGUGUUCAUGUCCUUCUGGGCCGUAACCUUCCUGGAGUACUGGAAGCGAAAGAUGGCCACCCUGGCCCAUCACUGGGACUGCAUGGACUUCCAUGAAGAAGAGGAGCGUCCUCGUCCAGAGUUUGCAGCCAUGGCCCCGACUAUGGAGCAAAACCCAGUGACUGGGGUGAAAGAGCCCUACUUUCCAGAGAAGACCAGGUUGUCCCGGAUGUUUACUGGAUCCAUGGUCAUCAUUAUGAUGCUGUGCGUGGUGAUGAUUUUCCUGGUGACGGUGGUCAUGUGCCGUGGUAUUAUCAGCUUGAUGUUGUUCCGCACCGGGAGCCCCGUCCUGGUUACCGAGGCAGGGACCAUAGCCAACAUCUCCAGCAGUAUUGUGAAUCUGGGCCUUAUCCUGUUGAUGGGCCAGGUCUACACUGCAUUAGCUGAGCAGCUCACUAAAUGGGAGAUGCACAGAACACAAACCCAGUAUGACAAUGCCUUCAUCUUCAAGGUGUUCAUCUUUCAGUUUGUCAACUUCUACUCGUCGCCCUUCUAUGUGGCUUUCUUUAAAGGAAGGUUUGUUGGUUACCCCAGCAACUAUGGGACCUUGUUUGGGAUGAGAAAUGAAGAUUGUGGUCCCGGAGGUUGCCUCAUUGAAUUGGCAGAGCAACUCUUCAUCAUCAUGGUGGGAAAGCAACUCAUCAACAACAUUCAGGAGUUCAUUAUCCCUAAAGUGAAGGCCUGGCACCAGAAAAAAACUUUGGCCAAGGUGCUGGGUGAUAAUGCCUCCCAAGAGCCUCGGCCCUGGGAGGAAGACUACCAGCUGGUCGAGUGUGAAGGCCUGUUCGAAGAGUACCUGGAGAUGGUGCUCCAGUUUGGGUUCAUCACCAUCUUCGUGGCAGCGUUCCCCCUCGCUCCGCUCUUCGCCCUCCUCAACAACUGGGUGGAAAUCCGUCUGGACGCCCACAAGUUUGCGUGCGAGUAUCGCCGGCCGGUGGCUGAGCGCGCCCAGAACAUCGGAGUCUGGUUCAACAUACUGGAAGCCCUGUCCCACCUGUCCGUCAUCGCCAACGCUUUCCUUAUAGCCUUCACAUCUGAUUUUUUACCUCGUCUGCUCUACCAGUUCAAGUUUGAUAAUGAUCUCAAUGGAUACGUCAACUUCACCUUAGCAUAUGCCCCCAUGAACUACACUAAGGACCCCAUGUGCAGAUAUAAAGCGUUCAGAGACAACAAUGGAAACUUCUCACUGUUCUUCUGGGAGCUUCUUGCCAUCAGACUUGGUUUUAUCAUUGCUUUCGAGCAUGUGGUGUUCUUCGUGCUGCGAGCCAUCGACUGGAUUGUGCCUGAUGUCCCCGAAUCCCUGGAGCUGAAGAUCAAGAGGGAGCGCUACCUGGCCAAGCAGGCUCUGGCCGAAAACCAGGAGGCUCUUUUGGUGAGUCGAGGCCGAGGGGCCUCCCCUGCCACCGCAGGCACAUCCAGCCCAGCAAGCGACGCGUCCUUUGGAAACAUGAGUUAG